AUGCCUCCAGAUUGGGCCCAGAUUGGGUUGCCUUGCUUCCCGCUUGCUACCAAACGUGCUGCCGACCGGCUGCUGUCUCUCGGAACCCAAGAGGCGAAGCAAAAGCAGAGCAGAGCAGGGUAUGGAGUGCAUUCAUUCAUGUCUGAUGAGGUCAGUCCGGUCAGACAUGCACCUACAGUCAACGCUCUUAUCUGCAUCCUCGCCCGUUCCAUCUUGAUAGGAAAAGAUUCUAAAUGCUGGGCUGUGGUGUUCAUCUUCCCCAAUCAAGUUGGUGAUGGAUUCCUCUUAGGACUCUCUGUUCAGUCAAGCCCCGGCACGGAUAUCAGCGACAUGGUUGAGCAAUGGUCAGACUGUCCUCGGUGCUCCCAAAGAAAUCUCCAAGGCGGCAGCAGCAUGAGCAAGAGAGUCUGUACAACAUCGCCGAGGUCCUCGACAACGCCCAGCCCUACAGGACCACGAGGGCCAUCUCGAAUUGUGGCCUUCUUCCGACUCCGUUCCAUUAUUAACUUGCGUGCUUUGCCCACAGUGGGAUUGGAUUUUCGCCUAAUCCAGCCCAAGGACGUGGACGGUGGAGAGGAGCCGUGA